UUAGUAGUUGAACUGACAAAGAAAUGCCAGGAGCUCAGUCGGCACGGUCAUCCUUUCUGACAUGGAGAUUCAACAGCCGAACUGGUGGCGCGUCACGGAUAGCCGUCCUCGGACAACGGUAGAUGUCUUCGGUAGGUAGCGGUAACGAUGUAAUUCCUUCUAUUACCUCAAUCACUCCAGAACAAUAAGAACUUUUAUUCCCUUGAAUCCUCAUAGCAAAGAUUAUACACUACAUUGACAACAUGGCACCUCAAGUAGCAUGGAUUGGAUUGGGGAACAUGGGCAGAGGCAUGUGCAAGAACCUCGUUGAAAAAGGACCACUCGACAAACCCCUCAUCAUUUUCAAUCGGACGGAGAAACGAGCAACAGAUCUCAGCAAGUCAUUGCCAUCUGGGAAAUCCACUGUAUCCUCGUCCAUUGAAGAUUUGGUCUCCAAAUCAGACAUUGUCUUCACCUGCGUUGGGGACGAUGCUGCAAUCAACAGUACUAUUGAUACCGCCGUGAAGGCUGGUGUCAAGGGCAAGCUAUUCGUGGAUUGCUCUACCGUCCACCCGGAGACCAGUGAAGGCCUUGCAAAGAAAGUCACAGAAGCCGGUGGGGAAUUCGUUGCUUGCCCAGUAUUUGGAGCUCCAGCUAUGGCAGAUAACGGUCAACUGGUCUGUGUACUUGCCGGGCCAAAGGAGAGUGUCGAGAAAGUCAAGCCAUACACCAAAGGUGUCAUUGGAAGAGCAAAUGUUGAUUUCGGUGGGCAAGCUGUCGGCAAAGCCACUACGCUGAAGAUCAUUGGAAACACAUUUAUUCUCAAUAUGGUUGAAACACUGUCAGAGGGCCAUGUUUUGGCAGAGAAAUCCGGACUUGGUACUGAAAACCUCCAUCAGUUCAUCGAGACAAUGUUCCCUGGUCCAUACACUGCCUAUUCGACAAGAAUGCUAUCUGGGGAUUACCACAAGAGAGAAGAACCAUUGUUUGCUGUUGAUUUGGCUAGGAAGGAUGCUAGACAUGCACAGGCUCUUGCAAAGGCUGCUGGAACUCGGUUGAAGGAUGUUGAAAUUGCGGAUGUGCACUUGGCGCAGGUGAAAGCUCAUAAAGGAGAAACUGGCGACAUUGCCGCCAUUUAUGGCGCUGUUAGGCAGGAAGCUGGACUGCCUUUUGAGAAUUAGUUCAUCGAGUAGGAAUUGAUAAAUAAGUUUUGUUGGUGAUGUUGAAUGAUUAUCACUGAAAUGUGACUUGGGUUGCGAGAGUCUUUUGCUUACAUAAUAAGACAAGCUAGG